GUGCGGAAGUGUGUCUGAAGCCGGUUGAUCGGUGUGUCCAUCGCAAUCAUGCUGCUGUGGAUCCUGUCUGGGUCUCUGGUUCUGUUCGGCAGUGUUGAUGUCUGGUACUUUCUGCGAGGCUCGUGGAUGGUCAUCAAGUCCUGGUUUCAGGGUCCGAUUCGAGAUGUUCUGGCCGAGCAGAUCGUUCACGGACGGGUUCUCCUACACGAUCUGGACUACAUGUGCCACAUGAAUAACGCCCGCUACCUGCGCGAGUGCGACUUUGCCCGCUUUGCGCACUGCACCCGGAACGGGCUCUUCUUGGCCGCCCGAGCGCUCAACGCCUCAAUGGUGGUCGGAGCCUCGACCAUCCGGUACAGGCGCUCUCUCGCGCUCGGCGAGGCUUUUGAGUUGCGAACCCGCAUCGUGUGCUGGGAUGAAAAGUCCUUCUACCUGGAGCAGAGAUUCGUGUCCAAAUCGGAUGGGUUCAUUUCUGCUGUGAUGCUGUGCCGACAGAACGUCAUUCGCAGCUCUCCAGAGAAGAUCUUGGAUAUCCUUUGCAAGAGAAGGGUGGAGUGCCCCGACAUCCCAGAGGACCUGCAGCAUUGGAUUAGAUUCAUCUCUGCCAGUAGUCAGGCAUUGAGAGCAGAGAGUGGACUUGAGGAGAAGACCAAAUGAUAAUUUUAAAGACACUUACCUUAUGGUAAGCCUUCCUUGUGCAUGUAAGUUUUCCCAUGAGGCUCACCUUAAAUCAUGUAACUUAUCUUCAGAGGGUCCGUUUUGAAAUUGCAAAAGGGAUCGCUGAUCCAGAACCUGUGGCUGUUGCUGUUGCUAGCACCAGCGCAUUGAAUCAUUCUUAUAUCUGUUCAUCCAUUUACUAUACUGUACAUACCUGCUCUUCCUAAAGAGUUUCUGUUAGUUUUAAGCAGGCCCGCACUUUAAAACCAUUCCACAAUUUUCCCUCCAGCAUCAGUGCAGAAAAUGCUAGUUAUCAGAUUCCGUCUGGGCCUGUUUGUACGUAUAGAAACAUGAUUGUUGUGAUACUGAUAAAACACAAAGCACGCAUCUCUUUGUUGAAAUACAGAAAAUGAACGAACGCAUGAACGAAUGUCUAAGGCCGACAAAAACUUGACUUGCUCCCAUGACCAAAUACACACAUGAACGUUAUCCUUAACUCGAAAGUCAUUUUGAAUGAAUUUGAAUGUUUGUUUUUUAUUAGUUCUGAGCCGUGAAUUUUAUCAUAUCACUUAUUUAAUGUUUUCACAGAUUUUUUUGUGCUUUAUUCAUUGGCUUCAUUAUUUAUUCCAAUUUAAAACAAAAAAACUAUUUAUUAUUAUUAAUGAGAAGGGAACGUGUAUUUAUUCCAUUAAGAUAUUUUUCAAAUAUUUGCAUUGUGUUAUUAAAGCAUCUGUUUGUAAAGUUAAUUUAUCUAAAGGAAUUGAAGCA